UUCAACCUCGGUCUCGACUCGUUCGAAGACAACAUCCAGGCUACACAGAACCUUGUCAGGUUCUCCCUGUCAUCGCAUCUUCCGGCACCACCGAGAUUUAUCUUCACGAGCUCAAUUGGAGUAUUUCAAAAUGUACGAGAUAGACAACCUCUCUGUGAGACACCCAUCGAAGCAGAAGUCGCCGCCGGACUCGGGUACACCGAGUCAAAGUGGGUUGCCGAGCGCUUUCUCAUGCAUAUGGCUGGUGCUUUCCCCGGGCUAGACGUCUUGAUAGCUCGCGUGGGGCAGCUUUGUGGCACAAGUGGAAAUGGAGCGUGGAACGCGAAGGAGUGGUUCCCUGCGCUCGUCCAGGCGUCGCAGGCUAUGGGUUGCUUCCCCACACAGGACAAGCCCGCAUCGUGGAUACCUGUAUCAGCAGCUGCAUCCGUCCUUGUGGAUCUGACUCUCUCGAGUUCGAAACCCAAGGACAGUAUCGUCCAUCUUGUUCAUCCUCAGCCUGUUAUGUUUUCGUCGCUUGCAAGCCGUUUCGCUUCGACGCUCGACGUACCGCUCGUGACGUAUGACGCAUGGUUAUCCAAGCUCGCGGCUCUAUCGGAUGAUGCGAGCAGUAUUCCGCGCGUCCAACCGAAUGGCGAUGGCAACGACUAUAGCAGCAUUCGCGCGCUUCAGCUGCUCCCGUACUUCCGCGGUCUCGCUUUGAACGCGGACAGUGGCGAUUCAUUUGGACUUCCGUCGCUGGACUGCUCGCAGUUGAAAUUAUGUUCGAAGGUUGUUUUGAGCACCGAAAUGGAGAGUUUAGGUCAAGCGGACGUCGUGAAGUGGGUCGUAUAUUGGCGGCAAGUUGGACUGUUGCGUUAGGUUGUGUAGGGAUCUUCGGAGUUCAGUCUAACUGAUCUGCAGUUUUUAUUUCU